CGCGCCAGCUCCCAUCUCAUUAGGAGCGGCUCAGUGCAGCGGGACGGGGCGAAGCGGCUGGCGCCCGCGGAGCGCACCACACUGCCCGGAACGCGGCACCAUUCUCGUCCCUCCAGCUGCUCCCCCGGGACCUUCCAGCGGCUUCGCGCGCGCACGAUGCCUUCGGCCACCAGCCACAGCGGAAGCGGCAGCAAAUCGUCGGGACCACCACCGCCAUCGUCGGGUUCCUCCGGGAACGAGGCGGGGGCCGGGGCCGCUGCGCCAGCUUCUCAACACCCCGCCACCGGGACCGGCGCCGUCCAAACCGAGGCCAUGAAGCAGAUCCUGGGGGUGAUCGACAAGAAACUUCGCAACCUGGAGAAGAAAAAGGGUAAGCUUGAUGAUUACCAGGAACGAAUGAACAAAGGGGAAAGGCUCAAUCAAGAUCAGCUGGAUGCUGUAUCUAAAUACCAGGAAGUCACAAAUAAUUUGGAGUUUGCAAAAGAAUUGCAGAGGAGUUUCAUGGCAUUAAGUCAAGAUAUUCAGAAAACAAUAAAGAAGACAGCUCGUCGGGAACAGCUGAUGAGAGAAGAAGCUGAACAGAAACGUUUAAAAACUGUACUUGAGCUACAAUAUGUUUUGGACAAAUUGGGAGAUGAUGAAGUGCGAACUGACCUGAAACAAGGUUUAAAUGGAGUGCCAAUAUUGUCUGAAGAAGAGUUAUCAUUAUUGGAUGAAUUCUACAAGCUAGUGGACCCUGAACGGGACAUGAGCUUAAGGUUGAAUGAACAGUAUGAACAUGCCUCCAUUCACCUUUGGGACUUGUUGGAAGGAAAGGAAAAAUCUGUAUGUGGAACAACCUAUAAAGCUUUAAAGGAAAUUGUUGAGCGUGUUUUUCAGUCAAACUACUUUGAUAGCACCCACAAUCACCAGAAUGGGCUGUGUGAAGAAGAAGAAGCAGCCUCUGCACCUACAGGAGAAGACCAGGUAGCUGAAGCUGAACCUGAACCAGCAGAAGAAUACACUGAACAAAGUGAAGUUGAAUCAACAGAGUAUGUAAAUAGGCAAUUUAUGGCAGAAGCACAGUUCAGCAGUGGUGAAAAAGAGCAGGUAGAUGAGUGGACAGUUGAAACUGUUGAGGUGGUAAAUUCACUCCAGCAACAACCACAGGCUGCAUCUCCUUCAGUACCUGAGCCCCACUCUUUGACUCAGGUGGCUCAGGCAGAUCCCCUUGUGAGAAGACAGCGAGUACAAGAUCUAAUGGCACAAAUGCAAGGCCCUUACAAUUUCAUUCAGGACUCAAUGCUGGAUUUUGAAAACCAGACACUUGAUCCUGCCAUUGUAUCUGCACAGCCUAUGAAUCCAACCCAAAAUAUGGACAUGCCUCAGCUGGUUUGCCCUCCAGUUCAUUCUGAGUCUAGACUUGCUCAACCUAAUCAAGUGUCUGUACAACCAGAAGCUACACAGGUUCCGUUGGUUUCAUCCACAAGUGAGGGUUAUUCAGCGUCUCAGCCCUUGUACCAGCCUUCUCAUGCUACAGAGCAACGACCACAGAAGGAACCAAUUGAUCAGAUUCAGGCAACAAUCUCUUUAAAUACAGACCAGACUACAGCAUCAUCAGCCCUUCCUGCUGCUUCUCAGCCUCAAGUAUUCCAAGCUGGGACAAGUAAACCUUUGCAUAGCAGUGGAAUCAAUGUAAAUGCAGCUCCAUUCCAAUCCAUGCAAACGGUAAUGCAAAUUAAUCCAUUAGUUGGCACUUACCACGGUUCCCAGGACCAGUCCCAUCCAGUGACGGGCAACCACCAGCAGCCUCCUCAACAGAACACUGGAUUUCCUCGGGGCAGUCAGCCUUAUUACAAUAGUCGUGGUGUGUCUCGUGGAGGUUCCCGUGGUGCUAGAGGCUUGAUGAAUGGAUACCGGGGACCUACCAAUGGGUUCAGAGGAGGAUAUGAUGGUUACCGCCCUUCAUUCUCUAACACUCCAAACAGUGGUUACACACAGUCUCAGUUCAGUGCUCCCCGAGACUACUCUGGCUACCAGCGGGAUGGAUAUCAGCAGAAUUUCAAGCGAGGCUCUGGGCAGAGUGGACCACGGGGAGCCCCACGAGGUCGUGGAGGGCCCCCAAGACCCAACAGAGGGAUGCCGCAAAUGAACACUCAGCAAGUGAAUUAAUCUGAUUCACAGGAUUAUGUUUAAUCGCCAAAAACACACUGGCCAGUGUACCAUAACAUGUUACCAGAAGAGUUAUUAUCUAUUUGUUCUCCCUUUCAGGAAACUUAUUGUAAAGGGACUGUUUUCAUCCCAUAAAGACAGGACUACAAUUGUCAGCUUUAUAUUACCUGGAUAUGGAAGGAAACUAUUUUUACUCUGCAUGUUCUGUCCUAAGCGUCAUCUUGAGCCUUGCACAUGAUAUUCAGAUUCCUCACCCUUGCUUAGGAGUAAAGCAGUAUACUUUAGGGGAUAAUAAUAUCUCCAUAGUUAUUUGAAGUGGCUUGAAAAAGAGUAACUUCGGCUUUUGACAUUGGGUAAAAUAUACAAAUUAGCCCCAGAGUUAUUCAGUGGUAAUUGAAAAAACUAGGACAUUUUCCUUGAAAGGAAGAUGGAGGGAGUGGAGUGUGGUUUGGCAGAAGAACUGCAUUUCACAGUAUUUCCAUUUAAAUUGGAGCACAGAAUGUUUAGAUGCAUACCAAAUUAUGCAUGGGUCCUUAAUCACACAUGUAAAGCUGGCUAUUAGCUUUGACACAGCACUGUUCAUCUGGCCAAACGACUGUGAUUAAAAACACAUGUAAGUUGCUUAACAGCUGAUACUAUAUAAAACAGCCAGAAUGUAAAUUAGGCUUUGAUUGGCACCUUUUGAAAAAUAUGCAACAAAUAAUGGGAUAUAAUCUGGACAGGCUGCUUAUAUAUUUAAUGUGAAGUAUUUAGAUACCUUUUGAACUAUUAACAGUUUCUUUGAGACUUUCAUAAGGAUUGGUACUAUAUAUACAUAUAUAUAUAUAUCUAUAUAGAUAUGUCUAUCUGUAUAGAUCAUUCCUUAUGAUGUGUAUCGUCAUCACUAAUCCUUGAAUCUUUGUUGUAUUGUCACCUAAAUUGGUUCAGGUACUGAUGAAAAUCUUUAAUGGAUAAUCAUAACAUCUUUUGGUCACAUUUUUUCCCCUGCAGCUUGAGAGUUCUUUAAAGAAAAAGAUAAAAAUGCCUGCUGCUACCACCCAUUUAAAUUGCUAUCUUUUGAAAAGCACCAGUAUGUGUUUUAGAUUGAUUUCCCUGUUUUAGGGAAAUGACAGUCAAUAACUUCAGUUCUCAUGGUAAUAAAACAAAUAAAACGUGUUUAUAAAAGUUGUAUUUUGAAACACUGGAGUUCAACAGCUAGCAGCUUAUGUGAUUCACCCCACUCAUUGCUAGUGUCACAAAUUUUAAUGGUUAUCUCCAGCAGCUGUAUUAUACACACUUACCUUUUGUCUAAUUGAACUUUAAUUGAAUUCUCCUUGUCUCAUGGAGGCAUUUAUGUGAGAGUGGUAAUUCUUCCUCUUAGAUGCAUAGGGAGAGUCUUGAGUUUGAUAGAGAUGGAGAGUUUAGUAGUGGCUUAGUCAUAUGUACUGUGUUGGAAUUUGUGCUAGCAGUUUGAGCACUAGAUCUGUGUGCCUAAGAACUUAAUGCUGCUUGUUGUUUCGUUCCACUUUGACUUUAUGGAGAAUUACGCCCACCUAUUAAGCAAAGGCUACUAAGUUAAUGGUAUUUUCUGUGCAGAAAUUAAAUUUUAUUUUUAGCCUUUAGCUAAGGAAUUUUUCCAAUAGGUAUUCAAUUCCUUAAAGACAAAACAGUUAUUCUCAAACAUUCAUCAUUAGAGAACUGGAGGUUUUUUAAUUUUUAUUUUUGCUGGUUUUGUAACCUACUAAAAUGGAUAGGCUGUUGAACAUUCCACAUUCAAAAGUUUUGUAGGGUGGUGGGUAAUGGGGGAAUCUUCGAUGUUUAUUUUAAAAUAAAUAAAAGUAAGUUCUUGACUUUU